GGAACGCCCAUUGGUCCAAAAAGGCGUUAUGAAAGAUUGAGGGACACUAGCAGAGGAGCAAAAUUAUACAAGCGGCGGCGUCAAGGGAUUUAAAUCUUGUGCUGGGAGGAAACUUUUAACCAUGAGAGUCUUAAUCGGAGGAGGCUCUGGAUUUGUGGGUCGUGAACUGACGCGUCUUCUCAGAGACAAGGGCCACGAGGUCACAGUGAUAUCCCGUCAGCCUGGUCCAGGAAAGAUAACAUGGGGUGAACUUGAGUCUCGCGGCCUGCCGCCAUGUGAUGGUGCUGUCAACUUGGCUGGAGAGAACGUUCUUAACCCUCUCCGAUGGUGGAAUGAAAGCUAUAAGAAGGAUUUGUUCUCCAGUCGUAUCGACACAACUAAAGCUCUGUCUCAAGCCAUCGCUGCGUCUUCCAGUCCGCCUCACUCCUGGGUGCUGGUUUCAGGCAUUGCGUGCUACAAACCCAGUCUGACAGCUGAGUACACCGAGGACAGCGAUUGGACGCCAUUUGACCUCCUGUCACAGCUCGUCAAAGAGUGGGAGGCAGCGGCGUCCCUUCCUGAGAGGGCAGCGAAAACCACCAAACAGGUGGUGAUUCGUGCCGGGGCAGUGUUGGGUCGAGACGGCGGCGCUAUGAAGCAGAUGCUGCUGCCCUUCUGGCUGGGGCUCGGGGGAACUCUGGGCUCUGGAAGACAGCCGUUCCCUUGGAUCCACGUCACGGAUCUGGCAGGAAUCAUUGCUCGAUCUCUGGAGCCUCCUGCCAACACUGAAGUCACACACUCCUCACCACAGGUGUACAACGGAGUAGCACCCGCGUUCACCACCAACUAUGAGUUCACCAAGGAACUGGGUCGAAUUCUGAGGCGGCCCACAAUCUUUCCUGUUCCUGAGUUCGUCAUGAGCACCCUGUUGGGCUCCGAGAGGGCCGUGAUCCUCACUCAGGGACAGAAAGUUAGACCCAUGAAGACUCUAGAGUCUGGAUAUCAGUUCAAAUACCCAGACUUGACCUCAGCCCUGAAACAGAUUGUAGGGAGUUAACAGAUGCUGAACUUUAUGAUUGUGUUUCAUGAAUAAAAACUGUUGAUUAAAGCUG